AUGCUCUGCCUCUGUCUGUAUGUGCCGGUGUUUGGGGAGUCGCAGACAGAGUUUGAAUACUUUGAGUCAAAGGGGCUGCCGGCCGAACUCAAAUCGAUCUUCCGACUCAGCCUCUUCAUUCCUUCCCAGGAGUUCUCCACCUACCGCCAGUGGAAGCAGAAAAUUGUGAAGGCUGGAGACAAGGACCUGGAUGGACAGCUGGAUUUUGAGGAAUUUGUUCACUAUCUCCAAGAUCAUGAAAAGAAGCUGAGACUGGUCUUCAAGAGUUUGGAUAAGAAGAAUGAUGGCUGUAUUGAUGCCCAGGAGAUUGUACAGUCUCUUCGGGACCUGGGAGUCAAGAUCUCUGAACAGCAGGCUGAGAAAAUACUGAAGAGCAUGGAUAAGAAUGGGACAAUGACAAUUGAUUGGAAUGAGUGGCGAGACUAUCACCUGCUGCACCCAGUGGAGAACAUUCCUGAGAUCAUCCUGUACUGGAAGCACUCCACGAUCUUUGAUGUAGGAGAGAAUUUGACCGUCCCUGAUGAGUUCACGGUGGAAGAGAGACAGACAGGGAUGUGGUGGAGACAUCUGGUUGCAGGUGGAGGUGCAGGUGCCGUGUCCAGAACCUGUACAGCUCCCUUGGACCGCUUGAAAGUGCUCAUGCAGGUUCAUGCCUCCCGCAGUAACAACAUGUGCAUUGUUGGCGGUUUUACUCAAAUGAUCCGAGAGGGUGGACCAAGGUCACUGUGGCGAGGGAAUGGCAUCAACGUGUUGAAGAUUGCACCAGAGUCUGCCAUUAAGUUCAUGGCCUAUGAGCAGAUCAAGCGGUUCAUUGGUACUGACCAAGAAAUGCUGAGGAUUCAUGAGCGGCUGUUAGCUGGUUCUCUGGCUGGGGCCAUUGCACAGAGCAGCAUCUACCCGAUGGAGGUUCUGAAAACACGCAUGGCUCUAAGGAAGACAGGACAAUAUUCAGGCAUGUUGGAUUGUGCCAAAAACAUCCUUUCGAAGGAAGGAAUGGCUGCCUUCUACAAAGGCUACAUCCCCAACAUGCUAGGAAUCAUUCCGUAUGCUGGUAUUGACCUGGCAGUCUAUGAGACACUAAAAAAUGCCUGGUUGCAACGCUAUGCUGUCAACAGUGCUGACCCUGGAGUCUUUGUUCUGCUGGCUUGUGGCACCAUCUCCAGUACCUGUGGACAGCUUGCCAGUUACCCACUGGCUCUCGUGAGAACACGCAUGCAGGCCCAAGCUUCAGUGGAGGGUGCUCCUGAAGUGACGAUGAGGGGACUGUUUAAACACAUUCUGAAGACAGAGGGAGCGUUUGGUCUUUACCGGGGUCUGGCACCGAACUUUAUGAAGGUGAUCCCAGCUGUAAGCAUCAGCUAUGUGGUUUAUGAAAACUUGAAGAUGACUCUGGGCGUGCAGUCACGGUGA